GCCAUUUCUUUCCUAACAUUGUAUGUACUUGGUUCAGAAUUCGCAUGUCGUGAGUAUCCAAACGCGAGUUUCAGCCUGGGAUUUUUUCCCCCAUUUUUUAAAUUGUUUAUCCUUCCUCUCAACUUCAUCGACUGUACCAAUAACAUGGCUAACUUGCCAAACUAAUAGCCCAAGUUAACCUACCUCUCGACCUCAAUCACUACGGAUUCGACACGGCCGCUACGACUACGAAUUAGUUCGGUUGAAUCAUGUCUCCGACUGUACUCCGAGUACUCAUUAGUGGUGGCGGCAUCGCUGGCAACGCCCUUGCCUUCUGGCUGGCCAAGCAAGGCCACAUCGUCACCGUCGUCGAGCGAUUUCCGCACCUGCGCGCCACGGGACUGCAACUCGACCUGCGCGGCCCCGGCAUCCAAGUCCUCAAAAAGAUGGGCCUCGAGGAGGCUUUCCGGGCCAGGGCAGCCCCUGAGCAGGGCAUGCAGGUGGUCGACAAGUCGGCCAGACGGCGGGCCUACUUCCCGGCCAACAAGUCGGGCAGCGGCAAGCAGAGCCUGACUUCCGAGUUCGAGAUCAUGAGGGGCGACCUGUGCCGCCUCCUCUACGACGCCGCGCGAGGAUGCGAGAAUCCGCCCCGGUACGUCUUCGGGACGGCCGUCGAGAGCUUCGAGCAGAACAAGAACGGCUCCUCCGUCGAGGUCCGCUUCGAGAACGGCCAGAGAGACAGCUUCGACCUCCUCGUCGGCGCCGACGGCCAGUGGUCGCGAACUCGGAGGAUGAUGCUCGGGAUCGGGCCCACGGACGGAAUGCAGCGGAUCCCGGGCUUCCAUAUCGCCUACUUCACCAUGCCUCUGCCCAUGCAGAAAGGGGAGGAGUGCCUGGCGACGACCUACAUGGCCCCCGGACGGCGCGGGUUCAUGACGAGAAGGCACAGCCCCGACAAGGUUCAGGUGAUGCUCACGUCCAAGACCGACCCGGACCGGCUGCAGAGCGUACCGAGGGGUGACGUGGAGCAGGAGAAGGAAGCCAUGGCCGACAUAUUCAGAGGCGCAGGGUGGAUAACGGAAGACGUCAUCGAGGGCAUGCGGGCCGCAGAGGACUUUUACUGCGAGCGGAUCGGCCUGGUCAAGGUGCCGCGCUGGUCUUCCGGCCACGUCGCGCUGGUCGGGGACGCCGCCCACUGCCCGACCGUGCUCUCGGGCAUGGGCACCACCUGCGCCAUGGUGGGCGCUUACAUCCUGGCUGGCGAGAUUGGGAGGUAUUCUGUGAGCGGUAGCGGGAAUGGGGAGCCGGACGGUCUGGAGGCCGCACUGAAGCGCUACGAAGAGACGCUCCGGCCAUUCGUGGACGGCAUGCAGGAGGGCAUCCUCGAGAGGGCCGACAGUCAGUGGGUCCUGUCGGGGUCCGCGUUCGGGGUCGAGCUCUGGAACUGUCUCAUGGGACUUGUUUCCUUUUUCAGGAUCAACAUUGCAGAAGUUUUCGGUAUCCGCGAGACCGUCAAGGGCUGGAACCUCCCUGACUACGAGGUUCUUCGCGAGUAAAAAAAAAAGGGGGGGGGCAGUACUUGUGUCGACGCGAUUGUUUGCCUAGGUGCAAUUGUACGAUCAAGUGUAGGACAGAAUAAUAAUGGUAGCUCGCCACUCGAC